UCUCGAUAUUUCUCACCUUCUUUAGCCUUGUCAGUUCUUUACAUGGUGAAAUAGAAGAAACUCAUGUCGGGUUGAUUCUUGACAUGGGAUCGACGGAGGGAAAGAUUGUUCAAAGCUGCAUAUCGGAAGCUUUAUCUGAUUUCUACCAUAAGCAUAAUGACUACAGCACAAAAGUUGUUCUCCACAGUAGGGAUUCCAAAGGAGAGCAUCUGCAUGCUCUAUCAUCUGCUCUGCAUCUUUUGGAAAACACUAAAGUUGCAGCAAUAAUUGGUGCACAAACAAGAGUGGAAGCAAAUCUUUUGGCAAAUUUGGGAGAAGCAGCUAAAGUGCCCAUAAUGUCCUUUUCGGAACCUAGUCCUCCUCUUCCUCUAAAUGACGAUAGGAAUGCCUUCUCUGUCGGGAUCGCACAAGAUGAAACUUCUCAAGUUAUGGGGAUCAAUGCCAUCAUUGAAGCUUAUAAAUGGAAGGAUGUCAUACUUCUGUAUGACAACACAGAGUACGGGAAUGACAUGAUUCCAACUUUGACAAGUUCCUUUCAACAGAAAAAUGUGUAUAUAGCACAUAAAAGUUGUGUUGCUAUAUCCUCAACAAAUGAACAAAUCUUCGAAGAACUCCAAACGCUAAUGAAAUUGAAGACAAAGGUAUUUGUUGUGCACAUUUCACACUUGCUUGUGCCUCACCUUUUCUCUAAUGUAAAUAAGUUAGGAAUGAUGAGUGAAGGGUAUACUUGGAUUCUGACAUCAGCUAGCAUGAAUUUCUUGCAUUUCAUGGAUUCUAAUGUGAUUGAAUCAAUGCAAGGGGUGAUAGGUUUGAAGUCUUAUAUUCCACCAUCAACUAGGCUGCAAAAUCUUACUUCAAAAGUGAUGAACAAACUUUACAUGGAGGAUCCAAAUAUGAAAGUAAGUGAGUUAAGUGCAGACAAAAUCUGGGUGUACGAUGCAACUUGGGCUCUAGCUGAAGCAAUUGAAAGAGCAAGUAUUCAAAAUUCUACUAGAUCCAAACAUGGAGUUGUGCUACUAAGAGAAAUAUUGCAAAGGAGGUUUACGGGUUUAAGUGGUGAAAUUCAAUUUCCAAAGGGGAAACUGAUUUCAGGUACAUUAGAGAUAGUAAAUGUGAUAGGAAAAGAAGCAAGAAGGGUCGGAUUUUGGUUUUUCGAAGAAAAGACCGAUAAAGCUCAGUCACACAUGCUUAACAAUGGGAGAAAUCUUCUUUUAAGCAACCAUUUGAAAACAAUCAGAUGGCCAGGAGGAUCUAAAAGGCAAUUGAGUAGUGAAAUAAAAUUGAGAAUUGGUGUUCCAGUGAGAGUUGGGUUCAAGGAACUUGUGCGUGUGGACCAUGAUCUUCAAACCAAUAGAACAAAUGUCACUGGGUUCAGUAUCGAUGUGUUCAAAACUGCAAUCAGUGCGUUGCCGUAUAAAGUACAUUAUGAAUUUUUUCCAUUUGAGAAUGAACAUGGAGUUAUGGCGGGGACUUACAGUGAUCUUGUUUACCAGGUUUAUCUCCAGAAGUACGAUGCUGUCGUUGGAGAUAUAACAAUCACAUCGAACAGAUCUCAAUAUGUUGAUUUUACAAUGCCAUAUACUGACCUAGGUGUGGGAAUACUAGUGCCAAAUCGAAAGGACAACAUGUGGAUUUUCCUGAAACCACUUUCAGCAUACCUUUGGAUAACGAGUGCGUGUUUCUUUAUACUUACGGGUUUCAUUGUGUGGUUAAUUGAGCGUCCUGUCAACCAAGAAUUCCAAGGCACAACUUCACAGCAAAUCGGAACAAUAUUAUGGUUCUCCUUCUCAACCCUUGCAUUUGCUCAUAGGGAGAAGAUACUAAGCAACCUGGCAAAGUUUGUAGUGAUAAUAUGGAUGUUUGUAGUGCUUAUAUUGACAUCCAGUUACACUGCUACUUUAGCGUCAAUGAUGACAGUUAAACAGAUACGAAUGGACUCAAUUGGAAACUAUAUAGGUUACCAAUCAGGUUCAUUGGGAGUUACAGUGAACUUGAAAUUCAAAGAGAUUAAGCCGUAUCGUUCAGUUGAAGAAUAUGCAGAUGCUUUAUCAAAAGGAAGCAAGCAUGGUGGUGUUUCGGCGAUAAUUGAUGAGCUUCCAUAUAUCAAUAUCUUCCUUGCAAAGUAUUCUUCUGACUACUCCCUCAUUAAAACCAAGUCUACCACCAAUGGUUUUGCUUUUGUUUUCCCUAAAGGUUCGAAAUUGGUCCAUGACUUAUCAACACAAAUACGACAUAUGAGAGAAGAAGGAAAGCUUUUAGACCUGGAAGAGACUUGGUUUCCAAGAAAAACAAGUUUUAUGCCGGAUGAUAAUACUAUAAGUAGUCCCUCCAAUACUCUUGGCCUCUACAACUUUCUUGGUUUAUUCCUUGUCAGCGGGGUUUCGUCUGCUGUUGCACUCUUCUUAUUCGUAAUCUUUUCCCGUUCAUUUAGAAAUCUGAUUAAAGGACAACUGCAGUUGGUUGGAGAACGACUGCAGCGUUUAAGGAUGUUCCUUCCACUGUAA